UUUGUAGAAGGGCCCUUGGAAAAGAGCCUUGGACCAUGCUGGAACUAAGCAGCUAUCCAAGUGCUGCGUUGUCUUCCACAUCUCUCUUGGCCUGAGAUAAUAAAGAAGGCACAGGCACUCCAUUCAUCUUCCAGCCCUAGGCCUGUUCAGGUUUGAAAAUAGUUAUACCAUCUUGGCCCACCUCUCCGUACCCUGAAGUCACCUGGAGUGCAGUCUACUGAUGAGCCCCACUUACGGGAGAAGGCCCCUGGUUUCCUUGCUUCUCAUCUGGGUCCACACUGUGCGAGAACAUGUUUGCUGAACACUAAUAUAUUGGCACAGGAAAAGAGAAGCCCUCGUCUAAGCACAUUUGGAACUCACAUAAGGGCUAGUUCAGAGAAAGCCUGGAAGCUCGAAGUCUGGCUGUAGCCAUGGGAGACAUGGUAGUGGAGCCUGCCACCCUGAAGCCAACUUCUGAGCCUACUUCUAGCCCAUCAGGGAAUAACGGGGGUACCCUACUAAGCGUCAUCACGGAGGGGGUCGGGGAACUGUCAGUGAUUGACCCUGAAGUGGCCCAGAAGGCCUGCCAGGAGGUACUGGAGAAAGUCAAGCUUUUGCAUGGGGGUGUAACCAUCUCUAGCAAAGGCACCCCGCUGGAGUUGAUUAAUGGGGAUGGUGUGGACAAUGAGAUCCGUUGCCUAGAUGAUCCACCUGCCCAGAUCAGGGAGGAAGAAGAUGAGAUGGGGGCUAGUGUGGCUUCUGGCACAGCCAAAGGAGCAAGAAGACGACGACAGAACAACUCAGCCAAACAGUCUUGGCUCCUGAGGCUGUUUGAGUCAAAACUAUUUGACAUCUCUAUGGCCAUUUCAUACUUGUAUAACUCCAAGGAGCCUGGAGUGCAAGCCUACAUUGGCAACCGGCUCUUCUGCUUUCGAAAUGAGGACGUGGACUUCUACUUGCCCCAGUUGCUUAACAUGUAUAUCCACAUGGAUGAGGAUGUGGGCGAUGCCAUUAAACCCUACAUAGUCCACCGUUGUCGCCAGAGCAUCAACUUUUCCCUCCAGUGUGCCCUGUUGCUUGGGGCCUACUCUUCAGACAUGCACAUUUCCACCCAACGACACUCCCGAGGGACCAAGUUACGGAAGCUAAUCCUCUCAGAUGAGCUGAAGCCAGCUCACCGAAAGAGGGAGCUGCCAACGUUAAGCCCGGCCCCUGACACAGGGCUGUCUCCCUCUAAAAGGACUCACCAGCGUUCUAAGUCGGAUGCUACAGCCAGCAUAAGUCUCAGCAGCAACCUGAAACGAACAGCCAGCAACCCUAAAGUGGAGAAUGAAGAUGAGGAGCUCUCCUCCAGCACCGAGAGUAUUGAUAAUUCAUUCAGUUCCCCUGUCCGGCUGGCCCCUGAGCGAGAAUUCAUCAAGUCCUUGAUGGCAAUCGGCAAACGGCUAGCCACGCUCCCCACUAAAGAGCAAAAAACACAAAGGCUGAUCUCGGAGCUUUCCCUGCUCAACCAUAAGCUCCCUGCCCGAGUCUGGCUUCCCACGGCUGGCUUUGACCACCACGUGGUCCGUGUGCCCCACACACAAGCUGUUGUCCUCAAUUCCAAGGAUAAGGCUCCCUACCUGAUCUACGUGGAAGUUCUUGAAUGUGAAAACUUCGACACAACUAGUGUUCCUGCCCGGAUUCCUGAAAACCGAAUUCGGAGUACACGGUCUGUAGAGAACCUGCCUGAAUGUGGUAUCACUCAUGAGCAGCGGGCUGGCAGCUUCAGCACUGUGCCCAAUUAUGACAAUGAUGAUGAAGCCUGGUCGGUGGAUGAUAUAGGCGAGCUGCAAGUGGAGCUCCCUGAAGUACACACCAACAGCUGUGACAACAUCUCCCAGUUCUCGGUGGACAGCAUCACCAGCCAGGAGAGCAAGGAGCCUGUAUUCAUUGCGGCAGGGGACAUCCGACGGCGCCUUUCAGAACAGCUGGCUCACACUCCCACAGCCUUCAAACGAGACCCUGAAGACCCUUCUGCAGUCGCCCUCAAAGAGCCCUGGCAGGAGAAAGUGCGGAGGAUCAGAGAAGGUUCUCCGUAUGGCCAUCUUCCCAAUUGGCGACUCCUUUCAGUCAUUGUCAAGUGUGGAGAUGACCUUCGCCAGGAGCUGCUGGCCUUCCAGGUGUUGAAACAACUGCAGUCCAUUUGGGAACAGGAACGAGUGCCUCUCUGGAUCAAGCCAUACAAGAUUCUUGUGAUUUCAGCUGACAGUGGCAUGAUUGAACCAGUAGUCAACGCUGUGUCCAUCCACCAGGUGAAGAAACAGUCACAGCUCUCCUUGCUCGAUUACUUCCUACAGGAACAUGGCAGUUAUACCACUGAGGCAUUCCUCAGUGCCCAGCGCAAUUUUGUACAAAGUUGUGCUGGCUACUGCUUGGUCUGCUACCUAUUGCAAGUCAAGGACAGGCACAAUGGGAACAUCCUUCUAGACGCAGAAGGUCACAUCAUCCACAUCGACUUUGGCUUCAUCCUUUCCAGCUCACCCCGAAACCUGGGCUUCGAGACAUCAGCCUUUAAGCUGACCACAGAAUUUGUGGAUGUAAUGGGUGGCCUGAACGGUGAUAUGUUCAACUACUACAAGAUGCUCAUGCUGCAGGGGCUGAUUGCUGCUCGAAAGCACAUGGACAAGGUGGUCCAGAUUGUGGAGAUCAUGCAGCAAGGUGUGGCUCGGGGGUGGGGGGCCUGGCCUGGGGGCCUCAGGUUGGGCUGCCUGCAACUUAGAACUUUUAGGAAGUUGACUCCACCUCAAGACUUAGGUGGGGGAACAUUUCUCAGAGGGUCUCCAUUUCCCCUUUGGAACAUUCUUUACCCUGGUAGAACUGGUUUUGGAGGUGGGGCAGGAGAAAAGGAACAGCAGAAAGCUCUUAGGUUCCCUCACAGUAAAACCGAGCCACUUUCAGCCUCCUGGUUUUUCCAUUCUCCCAUUCAACUGUAUCUCUCAGUCUUCUUCCUUCUCUGCUACUUCUACCCACUUCUCUCCCAUUAUCCUUGGCCUGACUGCCCUGACUUCAGCCACCACCAUCCCUACUAACCUAUCCUGUUCAGCUCUUUCCUGCCUCUUUUUCCUUUCACUUUGCCACUUCCUUGGUCCCGGUUUUUUGCACAGGACUCCUUCCUUUUCCAGUUCCUCUGGGCCCCUCUUAUUCCCCCACCCCAGACUCCAGAUGUUUACCCUACCUAAGCUGCCAGUCUCCUCCUCCCCAUCCUUGCCCCUACCCCACAGGUUGCCGUCGUUGCUCAGGAGCAUCUCUGUCUGGCCCCGUGGUGACGGUGGCCCAGGUCAUCUGUGAGUGUCAGACCUAGCAUAGGCAGAGGCCUGCAACCAGAUAAGUGCAGGGCCCAUUCCCAGAGCCUCUUCCCAGCCUUCCCUCUGGGCCCUAAGACAUCUCUCCAAUGCUUACUGGGGAAGUUGUGGGCUUGCCUUUCCCUAUCCUGCCCAUAUACUCCCACCUACAGAGGAACUAAGGAGUAUGGGAUGAGGAUGGACUGAAAACAAGGCUUCCUGACUGCUUUUCUUGGCACAAGCAGAAUUGCUCUAUACCAUCAGGGAUCCUGGUGGUGGGGAGGGAAGGGGUACUCCAGCUCUUCUCCCUGUGACACUAACUACUGGCCUGCCUUCCUAAUUGUCUGUGACCCUUAAUUUGCACUGCUUCCCUCCAGGUUCUCAGCUUCCUUGCUUCCACGGCUCCAGCACCAUUCGCAACCUCAAAGAGAGGUUCCACAUGAGCAUGACUGAGGAGCAGCUGCAGCUGCUGGUGGAGCAGAUGGUG